AUGGUUAAGCUUGUAAUGCAAGAAAAUGGAAAAUAUUAUUUAACUGAAUUUGAAAGAGGUCAUAAUCAUCAACUUGUUACUCCAAGCAAAUCAUGCAUGCUUAGGUCACAAAGGAAAACAACAAUAGCUCAAGCCGAUCUUGCUAGUGGUUCUAGUAUACGUCCUAAGGAAACAUUAGAGUUUAUGGGUAGACAACCUGGUGGAAUUCAGAAUCUUGGUUUGACUAAUGAAGGUGCAAGAGCUAUGGUAAGGUAUUUCGAUAAAUUGCAUGAUGAGAAUAUAUCAUCCUUUCACUUGGUGCAACUUGACGAAGAUAAUCAAAUUACAAACAUCUUUUGGGUUGAUGCAAAGGUGUUGGUUGAUUAUGAUUAUUUUGGAGAUAUCAUUUAUUUUGAUACCACUUUUCAAACAAAUGAGGAUAAACGAGCAUUUGCUCCUUUUGUGAGAGUUAACCAUCAUAAUAAAACCACCUUUUUUGGAGCCGCAUUGAUGUAUGAUCAAAGUAUUGAAUCUUUUAAGUGGGUGAUCCAAUCUUUUCUAAGGGCAAUAUCUAAGAAGCAACCAAAAACAAUUCUUACAGACCAAGAUCCAGCAAUGACAAAUGCAAUAAAGCAAAUCUUUCCAAAAACAUGUCAUCGUUUAUGUAUAUGGCAUAUAUAUCAAAAUGCAAUCCAACAUUUGAGUAAUGUAUUUGUUGCUUCUUCAUCCUUUGAUAGAGACUUUAGUAAUUGCAUCUAUGGCCAUGAAGAUGAAGAUGGGUUUCUUACUACAUGA